UCUUCAGCAACCGCUAUCACCACCUUCAAACACAAAAACCCACCCAAAACCCAAAAGAAGAAAAGGAAAGGCAGAGAGAGUGCCAACUGCCAAGGCUAUGUUGCAGAGAAGCCUGUUCUCAUAUGGUUGUUCGUGCCCAGUACCACUACCUCGGAAACCUCGAUCCCGAAGCAAUUUCUCAUCCACUUCGUACCUCUUUGCCAUGCCCUCAUCCCACAAGCCGAACCUGCACAAGCAAUGGCAGACAAAGCAACCCAAGAAAAAUGGAAACUUUCUGGCCAUGGCCGCCACUUAUGAGGUUGGUGGAGGAUACCCAGAUGAUGAAUUAGAUGUACAAGACAGAGACAGAGUUGCCCAGGAGCAAGGCAACCAAAAGUUGGAUGCUUCCCAGUAUGAAGCUCUACUCAAAGGAGGAGAGCAAGUCACUUCUGUUCUCCAAGAGAUGAUCACUCUCUUGGAAGAUAUGAGCAUGGAUGAAGCAUCGGAAGAGGUGGCAGUGGAGUUGGCUGCACAAGGAGUCAUAGGCAAGAGAGUUGAUGAAAUGGAAUCAGGGUUUAUGAUGGCUCUGGACUACAUGAUUCAACUUGCUGAAAAGGACCAAGACGAUAAGCGUAAGUCAUUAUUGGAGGUGAUAAGGGAAACCGUAUUGUCACAUUUAACAAAAAAAUGCCCUCCACAUGUACAAGUUGUAGGCCUCCUCUGUAGAACUCCUCAGAAAGAGAGCAGACAUGAAUUACUGCGCAGGGUGGCUGCUGGUGGUGGUGAGUUUAAAAGUGAGAAUGGAACUAAGAUUCAUAUUCCAGGGGCAAAUUUAAAUGAAAUUGCCAACCAGGCUGAUGACUUACUGGAGACAAUGGAAACUCGGCCUGUUGUGCCGGAUCGGAAAUUGCUUGCGAGACUAGUUUUGAUUAGAGAGGAAGCUCGAAACAUGAUGGGAGGUGGAAUACUGGAUGAGAGAAAUGAUCGUGGUUUAAAUACUCUUCCUGAAUCAGAGGUGAACUUCUUAACAAAACUGGUAGCUCUAAAGCCUGGCAGAACUGUCCAGGAGAUGAUAAAAAAUGUCAUGCAAGGAAAAGAUGAAGGUGCAGAUAUCUCUAGCUCUGUUGAGGAACGUACAUCGGGUAAAAAAAUUUCAAGUGGAAUUGCGGGAAGGGAGAGUAUGACUGGACGAAAACCUCUUCCUGUGCGACCUGGCAUGUUUCUUGAGACUGUCUCCAAGGUCUUAGGUGGUAUAUAUGCUGGAAAUGUGUCUGGAAUUACAGCACAACAUCUAGAAUGGGUCCAUCAGAAAACACUCCAAGUUCUGGAAGAAAUAGCAUUCUAGGUGUUUCAUGUAGGUACCUAAUCAUCCAUUCCCAUACAUUAUAAAUCCAUUUUUGAAAAUGUGAAGUUGGAACUGAAAUUUGUGGGUUGAGUCUUGUGAAUACCUCUCCUCCAUGGUCUUAAGUUAUCAGAGUAUAAACCAAUUGUCUUAAAAUUUAUAUUUUUUUGGGGUAAAAUAA